AUGGCACUGCAAAAAUUCACCUCGACUUCUUCACUCAUUUCAAAAGUUGCUUCAAGAAGGCUAACAACUCACACAUUAGGAUUUCACAGAGGCGAAAUACUUCGAAAUUCAUCGAUUUUUUCGAGAGAGUUUGUUCGAGGUUUGGCAACAGAUAGCAGUGUUACCACCCCGAAAACUUCCGAAACUUCAGUAUCCAAGAAAACGCUCACCAAUUUCUCACUGGCUAAGCCGAACAAUGCUGCCGAAUAUGUACUGUCUACAGUGGAUCAAGUAUUUAAUUGGGCUCGACAAAGUUCGAUAUGGCCGAUGACAUUCGGAUUAGCUUGUUGUGCCGUGGAAAUGAUGCAUAUGGCGGCAGCAAGAUAUGACCAAGAUCGUAUAGGCAUUGUAUUUAGAGCUUCUCCACGUCAGUCCGAUGUCAUGAUAGUUGCCGGAACACUGACCAACAAAAUGGCACCCGCUUUGAGAAAAGUAUAUGACCAGAUGCCUGAACCGCGGUGGGUUAUAUCCAUGGGAUCCUGCGCGAAUGGUGGCGGUUAUUAUCAUUAUUCAUACAGUGUUGUUAGAGGAAUUGUACCCGUCGAUAUUUAUGUACCUGGGUGUCCACCAACGGCUGAAGCACUUUUAUACGGAGUGCUUCAAUUGCAAAAGAAAAUGAGAAGAAGCAGGACAACAACAUUAUGGUAUCGAAAGUAG